AUGGCCAUGUCCAAGAUUGCCACUCUCGCGGGCCUUCUCGCCUCCGCCGGCCUUGUUGCAGGUCACGGCUAUGUUACGAAGAUGACCAUCGAUGGGAAAGAAUACGGUGGAUGGCUCGCUGAUAGCUACUACUAUCAAGACUCACCGCCAGAGAACUAUGGCUGGUCCACGACUGUUACUGACAAUGGCUUCGUGGCCCCCGAUUCCUUUGGCAGCGCCGACAUCAUCUGCCACAAGGGCGCCGCCCCUGCCGACCUCUCUGCCCCUGUGACCGCCGGUAGCAGCAUCGAUGUCACCUGGAACACUUGGCCUGAGUCUCACAAGGGCCCCAUCAUCAACUACCUUGCCAAGUGCGACGGCGAUUGCUCAUCGGCGGAUAAAACGAAUUUGAAGUGGAUAAAGAUUCAGGCCGACGCUAUUACAGAUGCUUCCAGCAACACUUGGAUCACGGACGAGCUCAUCGAGAACUCCUACACCACCUCCGUGACCAUCCCCGCGUCCAUCGCCCCCGGCAACUACGUCCUUCGUCACGAGAUUAUUGCCCUCCACUCCGCGGGCCAGGAGAACGGUGCCCAGGCCUACCCCCAGUGCCUUAACCUGGAGGUUAGCGGCAGCGGUUCCGACAACCCCACUGGCACUCUUGGUACCGAGCUGUACACUUCUACUGACGAUGGUAUCAUCUUUGACAUCUACUCCAACCCCACCUCGUACCCCAUGCCUGGUCCUGAGCUGUACAGCGGUUAA